GCAUACAAUAACAUAUUUUGAUACCAUGUUAGACCAUAAUACAACCAAACAUAGAUAUUAUUUCUUAAAUACCAAUGCAAACAUGGUUUCUUCUAUUUCAUCUUUUUCUUGCAAAUCUCCAACUACUUUCACAUUUCUUUGUAUCUUGUUGUUGUUUGUUUUUGUUACGGAAUCCGUAUCGACAAACGAAACUAGUAUCAAUCCAAUGGAUGGGUUAAAGAAGAUGAAAAGAGUAAGAGCUCAUUUAAAGAAGAUCAACAAACCAUCAGUCAAGACUAUUAAGAGCCCUGAUGGUGAUUUGAUAGAUUGUGUUGUUUCUCAUCUUCAACCAGCUUUUGAUCAUCCUAAGCUUAGAGGACAAAAGCCAUUGGAAGCACCAAGUGAGAGGCCAAAAGGGCAUAACUCAAGUGAUGAAAUAUUUGAUACAAUUCAGUUAUGGGCAGAGUUGGAAUUUUGCCCAGAAGGGACUAUUCCUAUUAGAAGAACAAGUGAAAAAGAUGUUUUAAGAGCAAGUUCUUUAAGAAGAUUUGGAAGAAAGAUUAGACGAGGUGUGAGGCGUGACACAUCGAGUGGCGGUCAUGAGCAUGCAGUUGCUUUUGUAAAUGGAGAUCAGUACUAUGGAGCCAAAGCUAGUUUAAAUGUAUGGACUCCUGCGGUUAGUGAUCCAUACGAGUUUAGUUUGUCACAGUUAUGGGUCAUAUCAGGCUCUUUUGGCAAUGAUCUUAAUACCAUUGAAGCUGGCUGGCAGGUUAGCCCGGAGUUAUAUGGAGAUGGUUAUCCUAGGUUUUUCACUUACUGGACGACUGAUGCAUACCAAGCCACAGGGUGUUAUAACUUGCUAUGCUCAGGAUUUGUUCAAACAAACAACAGGAUUGCAAUAGGUGCAGCAAUAUCUCCAAGGUCAUCUUACAAUGGCAAACAGUUUGAUAUUGGUAUCAUGAUAUGGAAGGACCCUAAACAUGGACAUUGGUGGCUCCAAUUUGGAUCCGGGGUACUCAUCGGCUAUUGGCCAUCAUUCUUGUUUAGUCAUUUGCAAAAGCAAGCAAGUAUGGUACAAUUUGGAGGGGAGAUAGUGAACUCAAGAUCAAGAGGUUCUCACACAUCAACCCAAAUGGGCAGUGGUCAUUUCGCAGAUGAAGGUUUCAGGAAAGCUGCCUAUUUCCGUAACUUGCAGGUUGUUGAUUGGGACAAUAGUUUACUACCUUUAACAAAUCUUCAUCUACAAGCUGAUCAUUCAAACUGUUACAAUAUAAAAGCGGGUAAAAAUAAUGUAUGGGGGAAUUAUAUUUAUUAUGGAGGUCCUGGAAGGAAUGCAGGUUGUCCAUAGAGAAAAUAUUGCAUAGUACAAUAACCAUUUUCAUUACAUGAUUGAUUCUUUCUUUAGUUAAUAGGAUUUUUUUAAAAAUAUGGUCUAGAGAAAGAUCCUUUUGAUUUAUGUUAGAUUAAGGGCUUUUGUAUAUUAGGAUUAGGAGUAAUUAAUCUAUAGUAAUAUAUAUAUUAUUAUGAUUUGUAUUUUGUAACUUACUGAUAUUAGUUAUCUGUGAAUGUGACAUGUAAGUCUUCCACUGAAA